GAAGUGCUCCUACAAAAGAGCCGUUACGAAGUCGGAUUGGAGAAAUUGAGCAGCGCGGCCGAGGAAAUCUCGGUCAUGUCUAAGGAACUGCAAUCACUUCAGCCGAAACUUGUUCUGGCCAGUAAAGAGGUUGACGCGGUCAUGGUUGUGGUGGAACAACAGAGCGCUGAAGCCGCAAAACAAGAGAAAACCGUGCGCGUGGACGAAGCAGUUGCCGGCGAGCAGGCCCGCAACGCGGAAGCGAUCAAGGAAGAAUGUGAUGCGGACUUGGCCGAGGCUAUUCCAAUUCUAGAGAUGGCCUUAAAGGCUUUAGAAACACUGACACCCGCGGAUAUUACCAUUGUGAAAACCAUGAAAUCGCCACCUGCUGGUGUGCGUCUGGUCAUGGAAGCAGUUUGUGUGCUGAAAGGAAUAAAGCCGGACCGCAUCAAUGAUCCCGGUGGUUCGGGAAAGAAAGUGGAAGAUUACUGGGGUCCUUCCAAGCGGUUGCUAGGUGACAUGAAAUUUCUGGAAAACCUCAAAGGAUUCGACAAGGACAAUAUUCCCAAUUCAAUCAUGAAAACGAUCCGAGAACGUUAUAUACCUAAUCCUGAUUUCAAACCUGAACGUGUUGCAGUCGCCUCAACUGCCUGUGAAGGUCUCUGUAAAUGGGUGAUUGCAAUUGAUCGUUAUGAUGCAGUGGCCAAAAUUGUGGCCCCGAAAAAGGAAGCUCUGGCUCGCGCAAUGAGUGAAUACACUACCGCUAUGAAUGCACUUAAUGUUAAACGAGCAGCAUUGAAAGAGGUGCAGGACCGAUUGCGCUUGCUCACAGAUGAUUUGGAAAUGAAUAAACGGAAAAAGAUUGACUUGGAAAAUAAAGUGGACAUUUGCACGAAAAAGUUGGAACGUGCGGAACAACUGAUUGGUGGCUUGGGUGGAGAGAAGUCCAGAUGGACAGAAGCUGCUAAGAAUCUGGGUGAACAGUACAUCAAUCUGACUGGGGAUGUACUUAUUUCCAGUGGUGUUGUGGCCUAUCUAGGCGCGUUCACCUCAUCAUUCCGACAAGACCAAAUCAAACACUGGUUGACAGAAGUGCAGCAAAGCGCCAUUCCGUGCUCUCAGGUAUUCAGUUUGGUGAAUACGUUGGGUAAUCCAGUGGAGAUUCGUGCCUGGAAUAUUGCCGGUCUGCCCACGGACGAUUUUUCUGUGGAAAAUGGGAUUAUCAUUGCUAAUGCACGCCGCUGGCCGCUGAUGAUCGAUCCAACAAGUCAAGCAAACAAAUGGGUCAAAAAUAUGGAGAAGAAAAACAAUUUACAAGUGAUCAAACUGACCAAUACGGAUUUUGUGCGAACAUUGGAAAAUUGUAUCCAAUUCGGUACACCUGUAUUGCUCGAGGGAAUCGGAGAAGAGCUGGACCCCAUGCUUGAACCGCUUUUGCUUAAACAGACGUUCAAACAAGGUGGAGCAUUGUGUAUAAAAUUGGGAGAUUCUGUGGUCGAGUAUUCUCCAGAGUUCCGAUUUUAUAUGACCACAAAGCUUCGCAAUCCACACUACCUCCCGGAAACGGCAGUGAAAGUCACCCUGAUGAACUUCAUGAUCACUCAAGAAGGUCUGCAAGAUCAACUCCUGGGUAUUGUGGUCGCUCGUGAACGUCCGGAAUUGGAGGAUGAGAAGAAUAAAUUAAUUCUUCAGGGCGCAGCAAACAAGAAAAAACUGAAAGAACUAGAAGAUCAAAUUCUGGGUGUCCUUUCCAGUUCCGAGGGCAAUAUUCUGGAAGAUGAAAGUGCAAUUCAAGUGUUGAAUUCCUCGAAAGAACUGUCAAAUGAAAUUGCUGAGAAACAAGCAUAUUUCGAAGAGACAGAACAGAAGAUUGACGCAGCCCGUUUGGGCUAUGUGCCUAUCGCGGUACAUUCGACCAUUCUUUUCUUCUCGAUCGCUGAUUUAGCCAAUAUCGAUCCAAUGUAUCAAUACUCGUUAACGUGGUUUAUUAAUCUGUUCAAUAUGGGUAUCGAUAAUUCCGAGAAGUCAGACGAUCUACAACAACGAUUAGCCAAUUUACGAAGCUAUUUGACCUAUUCACUGUACUGCAAUGUAUGUCGUAGUUUGUUCGAAAAAGACAAAUUACUUUUCUCAUUCCUAUUGGCUGUGAAUAUGACACGUCACGAGGGUCAUUUGAAUGAGAUAGAAUGGCGUUUUGUUCUGACCGGUGGAGUUGGUCUGGACAAUCCACAUGCAAAUCCGGCCGAUUGGUUUCCUGCCAAAAGUUGGGAUGAACUAUAUCCCAUGGUAGCAUUGCUCAAAUUUGCCGAGGAUAUGGGAUUCGGUGGAACCAAAUUUGAAUCGCUUUCGCUCGGUCAAGGUCAAGGCCCGAUUGCCUUGCGGAUGAUUGAACGUGGAGUAAAAGAAGGCACAUGGGUCCUGUUACAGAAUUGUCAUCUGGCUCCCAGUUGGAUGGGCAUGCUCGAGAAGACGGUGGAGGAGUUGAACCCGGACACCACACAUCCGGAUUUCCGACUAUGGUUGACUAGUUAUCCGAGUAAAGAUUUCCCCGUGGCUAUUCUACAGAACGGUGUAAAAAUGACCAACGAGCCACCGAAAGGUUUACGUUUCAAUCUAUGGCGAUCAUAUCUGAGCGAUCCGAUCUCAGAUCAGGAAUUUUUUCAAUCCUGUCCAAAUGAACACGCGUGGAAAAAAAUGCUGUUCGGUCUGGUCUUCUUCCAUGCCAUUGUACAAGAAAGACGAAAAUUCGGUCCGCUAGGUUGGAACACACCGUACGAAUUCAAUGAAACGGAUUUACGCAUCUCCGUCCAACAACUGCAUAUAUUUUUGGAACAAUAUUCCGAUGUUCAAUACGAAGCUUUGCGUUACCUGACUGGAGAAUGUAACUAUGGUGGCCGUGUGACGGACGAAUGGGAUCGUCGCACUCUAAAAACGGUACUGAUGCGAUUCUAUUGUCCCGCCGUGGUGGAUGAAAAAACCUAUCUACUUGAUGAAUCAGGCACCUACUAUGUCCCGGAAGAUACACACUAUGAAGGAUACAUAGAUUACAUCAAAUCUCUCCCACUCAAUCCGGCACCCAGUGUUUUCGGCAUGCACGAGAACGCGGAUAUCACCAAAGAUCAGCAAGAGACUAAUCUGAUGUUCACAAACAUUCUGCUAACUCAAUCAAAAGGAUCUUCAUCUUCUGGUAAGUCGGUUGAUGAAACGGUGGAUGAAGUCGCUGCAGAUGUACUUGGUCGAUUACCACCGAACUACAAUACUGAGCUUGUGUUGCGCAAGUAUCCAACUCGUUACGAACAGAGCAUGAACACUGUUCUCGUCCAAGAAAUGGUCCGAUUCAACGCGUUGCUCAGCGUGAUCCGUUCAAGUCUGUCUGAUAUUCGCCUGGCAAUCAAAGGUUUAGUGGUUAUGUCCGCGGAUCUGGAGGCUGUUGUUGCAGCCAUAUUGGCCUCGAAAAUUCCAGCUAUGUGGAUGACCAAAUCCUAUCCCUCUUUAAAACCANAAUGA